GGGAGGGAGAACCUGGGAAGCGCACCCGGCAUGGCAGCUGGCUUAAAGAAGCUUGGCACUCUGUCAUGGGUGGUGUGAAGUCCUUGCCAAACACGAGUUCUUGUCAGAUCCGAAUACGAGAUCCAAAUCAAGGUGGCAAGGAUAUCACAGAGGAAAUAAUGUCUGGUGCUAGAACCUCUUCUACCCCUACUCCUCCACAGGCUGGAAGCGGUCCAGAGCCACAGGCCAACGGAGAGACGCCCCACGUAGCUGUGAUUGUCCGGCCAGACGAUCGUCCGAAGCCUGGCCCAGGAGCAGGUAAACCGGUUUCCUCAGAGACUAGUAAAUCGGCCUCCCCUUCUCCCCCGCCGCCCCUCAUAGCCGAGGCAGAGCCUGUGCUGCCCGCCGCCGUGCCGCUGGUGCGUGCAGAAAGCCCCAUCACAGUGGACACUACAGAAGAGCCCCCCGAGGCCCCCGCAGACAUCCUCGAGCCCGUGAGCGCCACCACUACAGUGCCAGGGGGCCCUCUCCUCCCUCCGGAAGCCCCUGUCUUGGACACAGACACUCGGGAGGAAGUCGCUGCUAGCCCAAUUUUGGAGGUCCCUUCCCAGCCGGAAACGGCCAUGGAGGAAGAGGAGGAGGAGGAGGUACCGGUGGAAAAAAUGACUACCCCGCUGGAGGCUUCUCCGCCCGAGGAGGAGGAGGAGGAGGAGGAGCUUCCUGUUGCCCCACCAGCUGCUCCCCCGACCCCACCACCUCUAGAGGAGGCUUCCAAGACAGUCGUGGUGGAAUCCAAUGGCGUGCCGGAGGAGGACAUGCCAGAGACCACCCCGGAGACCAGCCCCCCGUGCCCGCCGGAUUCUGCCGUGGAGUCUCCCAUUGUGCAGCCGGAGGAGCUGGCUGCACCUGACGAGCCGGAGGACGAGGUCGAAGAGCCCAAGGAGCAGCCCGAAUCGGACGUCAGCCCCAUCUCGGAGCCGGAGGAGGUGAAGGCUGAGGAAUCGGCGGCCCCGCCGGUCCCUGCUCCUCCUGCGGAAGAGGAAGAGGAGGAGCCGGAUCAGGAGGAAGAGGAAGAGGAGGAGCCGGUUGAGGUGCCAGAGCAGAGUGCCCAACCAGCAGCUGCGCCCAUGGAGACUGUGGAGAUGACCACACAAGCGGCUGUAUCAGUGCCAAAGAAGAAGCGGAAGUUGAAAAACCUGAACAAGAAGGAAGCUGGAGACGUGUUGGACGCAUUCAAAGAGGGGGCAGCCCCCACUUGUACGAGGAAACGGGACCCGAAGGUUCAUCCCUCGCCAGCAGAGAGCGACAAGGUCAGUGAGGGAGGCUCUGAGACCGAGAACAAUCCCCCUGUGCCAGCCCCAGAGCCAGAGGAGCCGGCGCCCGCUCGCUCCCAGGAGGAGCCAGAAGAAACAUGGGAAGAAAAGGAGGACAAGCUAGAUCCCGAGAAGGUCAAGCAAGCGGAUCAGAAGUACCGCUAUAAGGAAGAGCAGUGGAAGCCCCUCAAUCCAGAAGAGAAGAAGCGAUAUGACCGGGAGUUCCUGCUCGGCUUCCAGUUCAUCGUUGCUAGCAUGCAGAAGCCCGAAGGGUUGCCCCAUAUCAGUGACGUGGUCCUGGAAAAGGCAAACAAGAUGCCCCUGCGCCCCCUGGACCCCGUGCGCUUGAGCAGCAUGAAUUGCGGACCAGACUUCACACCUUCCUUUGCUAACCUAGGCCGGCCAAACCCGCCCAACCGUGGACCGCCUGCAGGGCCAGGUCAGCGGCGUUCCCAGCAAAGCCUGAGGAAGGAGCCCAGGAAGAUAAUUGCAGCUGUUUCUUUAAAUGAAGAUGUCAAGCUCAACAAGGCCGAGAAGGCCUGGAAGCCCAGCAGUAAGCGGGCAAGCGAGACAGAGGAUCCUGAAAACAUAAAAACUCUGGAGCUGUUCCGGCGUGUGCGCAGCAUUCUGAACAAGCUGACGCCACAGAUGUUCCAGCAGCUGAUGAAGCAGGUCACAGAGCUGUCCAUCGACACCGAGGAGCGGCUUAAGGGUGUCAUUGACCUCAUCUUUGAAAAGGCCAUCUCCGAGCCAAAUUUCUCUGUUGCCUAUGCCAACAUGUGCCGUUGCCUUAUGGGGCUGAAAGUCCCCACGACUGAUAAACCGACGGUGAUGGUCAACUUCCGCAAGGUACUCCUGAACAGAUGCCAGAAGGAAUUUGAGAAGGACAAGGACGACGAUGAGAUCUUUGAGAAGAAGCAGAAGGAGAUGGACGACACAGCGGGCCCUGAGGAGAGAGCCCGUCUAAAAGAGGAGCUGGACGACGCCCGGGACAAAGCGCGGAGGCGUUCUCUGGGCAACAUCAAGUUCAUCGGGGAGCUUUUCAAGCUGAAGAUGUUGACCGAAGCCAUCAUGCACGACUGUGUGGUGAAGCUGCUCAAGAACCAUGACGACGAAUCCCUGGAAUGCUUGUGUCGUUUGCUCACCACCAUCGGCAAGGACCUGGACUUUGAAAAAGCCAAGCCUCGAAUGGAUCAGUACUUCAACCAAAUGGAGAAGAUCAUCAAGGAGAAGAAGACGUCCUCCCGCAUCCGUUUCAUGCUGCAGGAUGUGAUUGACCUCAGACGGAACAGCUGGGUGCCAAGGAGAGGAGACCAGGGUCCCAAAACUAUUGACCAGAUUCACAAGGAAGCUGAGAUGGAGGAACACCGGGAGCACAUCAAAGUGCAACAGUUGAUGUCCAAGCAGGAUAAGAGGAGAGGCCCGCCGGGCCCAUCAUCGACAGGUGGGCGAGGGAGUUUGGUUUCAGAUGACGGCUGGAACACCGUUCCCAUCAGCAAGGGCAACAGACCGAUCGACACCAGCCGGUUAUCCAAGAUCACCAAGCCUGGUUCAAUUGACACCAAUAGCCAGCUCUUUGCACCUGGUGGACGGCUGAGUUGGGGGAAGGGCAGCACUGGUGGUUCAGGGGCCAAACCUGCAGAACCAGUUCCUGACUCCAGUCGACCAGCCACGAGCACCUUGAAUCGUUACUCAGCCUUGCAACAGUCAGCUCCUAUAGAGAGCCAGGAUGUACGGCGAGUAGUACAGAGAAGUAGCAGCAGCCGCGACCGCUCCGAAAAGGGCAGCGAGCGAGGCGACCGCUUAGAGCGCGACCGGCUGGAGAGAGGGGAGCGCCUCGAGCGGGCGGAGCGGCUGGAUCGGUCGGAUAGGAACCGGACCCCCAUCACCAAGCGCAGCUUCAGCAAGGAGAUGGACGACAGGAGCCGGGAGCGGGAGAGGGAGCGGCAGGGCGUCCUCGAGACGGUGCGGAAAGUAGCCAGCAUGACGGAGGAGCGGGACCGAAGCAGGGAGCCCGCAAAGCGUGAGAUGGCGCCCCCCGAGGCACCGGCCAAGCCCGCCUUGUCAGAAGAGGAGCUGGAGAAGAAAGCCAAGGCGAUCAUUGAGGAAUACCUACACAUCAACGACAUGAAGGAGGCCCUCCAGUGUGUGCAGGAGCUGAACUGUCCCUCCCAGCUCUACAUUUUCGUGCGGAACGGCAUCGAGUCCACGUUGGAGCGAAGCACCAUCGCUCGCGAACACAUGGGGCUGCUGCUCUACCAGUUGGUCAAGGGAGGCUCUCUCUCCAAGGAACAGUACUACAAGGGGCUUAAUGAGAUCCUGGAGAUUGGGGAGGACAUGGAGAUUGAUAUUCCACACAUAUGGCUCUACCUGGCAGAGAUCAUCACGCCUAUCCUGAGAGAAGGGGGUAUCCCCAUGGAGGAGCUGUUCCGGGAGAUUGCCAAGCCUUUGGUGCCGAUUGGCAAGGCGACGACUCUGCUGCUGGAGAUCCUUGGCCUGCUUUGUAAAGGGAUGAGCCACAAGAAGGCGGGGACGCUUUGGAGAGAAGGGGGCCUUAGCUGGAAGGAGUUCCUGCCGGAAGAUCAGGACAUCAAUAAGUUCAUCACAGAGCAGAAAGUGGAGUACACGAUGGGUGACAGCUCAGAUGCCCCCAGCCGCAAAGAGCUCACCUCUGAAGAGCUGUGCAAGCAGUUAGACAAGCUAUUGAAAGAGAAUGCAAAUCACCAAAGAAUAUAUGACUGGAUAGAGGCAAACCUGAGUGAACCGCAAAUCUCAUCUCAUCUGUUUGUCAGGGCCCUGAUGACGUCGGUGUGCCAUUCAGCUGUAGUCUUCGAGAAUCCGUACCGGAUGGAGAGUGCCGUCAUCAAAAGCCGAGCCAAGCUGCUGCAGAAAUACCUGAGCGAUGAAAGCAAAGAGCUCCAGGCUCUCUACGCUUUGCAGGCCCUUGUGGUGAAGCUGGACCAGCCAGCAAAUCUCCUCCGCAUGUUCUUUGAUGCCUUGUACGAUGAGGACGUGAUUAAAGAGGAAGCCUUCUACAAGUGGGAGUCCAGUAAAGACCCAGCUGAGCAACAAGGAAAGGGCGUUGCGCUCAAGUCCGUCACUGCGUUCUACACUUGGUUGCGUGAAGCUGAGGACGAAUCCGACAACAACUGAACCCCUUAAACGUUUGGGAGAAAGGGGAGGCUUCAGCUGCUCGCUGCUCUGACCCUUCCCUGGAGCUUUGGACUCCCUUGCAGGGGGGGCGGUGUGGGAAAGGAUAUACAGGACUCGAGUACUGCUCUCCAUACCUCCCCUCCAGACUUUUUUUUUUCUCCUUUUCUUUUUGGUUGGGUUUUUUUUCCUUUUCUUUUGUUUUCAUUUUUUUUUCCGUUUAAACAGCCUGUAUUGGUUUGUGUCUGACGAUAAUAAAUUGAUGCUGAAGGA